AUGGCGGGGACGCCGUGGGUGUUCCUAAGCCGCGUCAUCCGCGCGGAGCCCGCCGCGGCCGCGGCCGCGGCCGCGCCCGACUUCACGCUCCCGAUCGCGCUGCCGCCCCGGCUCACCAUCCUCGCCGCGGGCCGCGGCGCCCACCCCGACCCCAACCACCCCGACAGGAACCCCUACAUCAUCGCCGCCGGGCCCCUCUGCCUCCUCGCCCACUUCGCCGUCGCGCCCUCCAUGGGGACGACCUUUGAGGACAACCCCCACGACACCCGUCUCGCCGUGGUGCGCCACUUCCACAGGGCCGACGGCGCGACCACGGCCUCCGCCGAGCUCGUCCCCGCCCGCACCUCCCCCGUCCCCGCCCUCUUGAACGUCGGCAGCGUCGGCCUCUACUCCGACCACGAGGGCGACUACAUCAUCGCCGAGCUCCAGGUUCGCAAGGGCCGCGACCACGCCACGCUCGUCUCCUUCGAGUGGGACCAGCAGGCGUGGUACUCGGAGGACGUGGAGUCCCCCUUCGCCGAAGAGGAUCGGGACCGGGAGUGGGCUCCCCACGGCGCGGUCUGCGUCGAGACCACGCUCUGGUGGUUCGACCUCUCGUGGGGGAUCCUCAGCUGCGACCUCGCCGGGGACCACGAUCUGCUCUUCCACCGCCUCCCGGACGGCCGUGCUCUCCCCAUGGCGACGCCGCUCAUGCUCACCCAGCGCUGCAUCGCGGAGAGCCAAGGCCAGCUGCGGUACGUGGAGGUCAUCGUCCCUGAGGUCGGCGGCGACGACGACGACAGCGGCGACGACAGUGAAGCAGCGAGGGUGUGCAUGUGGACGAUGACCUUCGGUCCGGAUGGGUGGCGGUGGGAGGCGAACUACUCGGUGGGCUUCCCGAAGAUCUGGGACGACGCCAGCUACAGGGAGACCGGGCUGCCGCGGGACGUCCCCAUCGUCGCGGCCGUGUGCCCGACGGACCCCAACUUGCUCUACUUCACCCUGAAGCGGAACAUCUUCGGCGUCAAUGUGGCCAAUCACAGGGUCGUGGGCAACGAGGUCUACGACGAGAAGGUGAACAACGCAAGGCUGGAUGCCACUCAGGCCAGCGUCCGCUACGUCCUCCCUUGGUUUCUGCCACCCGGGCUUGCCCCAGGUGCUGCAGGUCAUGAUUCAUGA